AUGCAUAGUAGUAAAAGUUACCUCUUCAAUAUUUUAAUCACUAUUGCUAUUAUUUUUGUGGUUUCAAAUUGUCAAAAUGAAGAAACAGACACAAAAGAAAUUCAAACCGUAGAUAAAUGGUUUGUUGGUAAUGUAGAAGUUACUUGUAAUGGACAACAUCAAGAAAAUGUAAAUGUUUCAAUUUUUAAACUAGUGCAUAAUGAUGAGCAUAAUAGUUUGUAUAAUUAUAUUGUAUUGAAUAGUAGUUUAACUGACAGUAGAGGAUUGGGACAAGUUACAGGACAUUGGACAAUACCACCUAAUUAUCCAAGUUGCAGAAUGUGUCUUUUUCAUAAUUGCAAACCUAAAACUGACCAGAUAGGGGCAAAAAUGGGAGAAUAUGUAUACAGUUAUUGUUUUUCUUUUGGUCAAUCAUAUAUAAAGAACUCUUUAGAACAAGCCCAAAAUAAUGAUUUUAAUGCAGAUAUUGAAUUAACACUUCAAUCUUCUGCUGAUUGGGUUGCAACAAUACAAAAAACUUUCAGCGACUGUCCACCUAAAGGAAAAACAAAAUAA